GGUGAUCCGCCAAAUAUGCCUCUUAUAGGUUAUGCGACCAACAGUGUAUGUACAUUUAUUUUAAAUUGGCUAUAAACGAUCCUGGGAGACUGUGUAUUAGUUUCUAGCGGGAUAAUUGACGCGUAGUUCUCAAACAUACGUAAGUAUGGUGUGAACGAAAUACGAUUGUUUAGGGAAUUGUAGUGCGUCAGUGACGGCCGGCAAUUGACAAGCAAAACGAAGAGGACAACAACAGGGAAAUCCUUUGUGGCGAUAGCGAUUGGUAUUUUCGAAGUGAUAGGCCGAAGUUAUAAAAUAUCAUAAGAUCGCGAAGAGGCGUGAGUGUCGUGGAGGCAGGGUGGUGGGGGGAAGUGUGACAGGAGAGACACGUGGACUGCCUGUCAGGAAAUAAUUUAUAUCAGCAAGUCGUGUGUUCAAAUAUUGAAAUAACGUUUAGAAACAAUUUAAACACGACAUGUCCGAGGCACGAUGCGACGCAACAUAGUGAGUCUGGUUAAAUUCCUCUUUCUUGCAUUCGUCACGAUCUUCCUCACCGUCGUCAUAUUUCGAUACGUACGACAUCCACAGUUCCGUACCGAUUUUAUACCCCUUCAGGAUCUUGUUCGCGAUCGUAGGGUCAUAGGUAGUGAUAAACGUGAAUUUCUUCCCCAUCCCGAUGAGCUUAUUGGGGGUUCUGCACUCGCAGCUCGCGGCCAAAGCGAUGAUAACGAACGCGGAAUGCAGGAUACGGCCGCAGAGAACGUUAAGAUGGACUGGCACGACUACGAGCAAAUAUCGCGAGAAAAGAAGAGGGUUGGCCUGGGAGAGCACGGCCUUCCCGCAUCUCUGUCAGGAAGCGACGACGGGGUGAAGGCAUCGCUGUACAAGGUGAACGGAUUCAACGCGGCACUAAGUGAUAAAAUAUCGUUGAAUCGUUCGGUCCCGGACAUCCGAAACGCCGGAUGCAAGGCGAAGAAGUACCUCAAGAACCUCGAUCAGGUCUCGGUAAUAGUCUCGUUCCACAACGAGCAUUUCAGCACACUGAUGCGAACCUGCUGGAGCGUCGUAAACCGUUCGCCAGCCUCGCUUUUACGAGAAAUAAUAUUGGUCGACGACGCGAGCACGAAACCGGAGCUGGCCGGUGAACUGGACAGAUAUGUGGCCGCGAAUCUGCCAAAGGUCAAAGUUAUCAGGCUGCCGACAAGGUCGGGUCUGAUACGGGGCAGGCUGGCCGGUGCCAAGGCCGCGACGGCCGAGGUCCUCGUGUUCCUCGAUUCUCACACCGAGGCCAACGUCAACUGGCUGCCCCCUCUGCUCGAGCCUAUCGCCCUCGACUACAGAGUUUGCGUCUGUCCGUUCAUAGACGUGAUCGCCUUCGAGACCUUCGAGUACCGGGCCCAGGACGAGGGGGCCCGGGGCGCCUUCGACUGGGAGCUUUACUACAAGCGACUGCCACUGCUGCCUGAGAGCGCGAAACAUCCAACCGAACCGUUUGAGAGCCCCGUGAUGGCCGGGGGUCUUUUCGCGAUAAGUACUAAGUUCUUUUGGGAACUUGGAGGGUACGAUACCGGGCUCGAUAUUUGGGGCGGUGAACAGUACGAGUUGUCCUUUAAGAUCUGGCAAUGCGGGGGACGGAUGUACGACGCCCCGUGCUCGCGGGUAGGUCACAUUUACCGCAAGUUUCCACCUUUUCCGAAUCCCGGUCGCGGCGACUUUCUGGGAAAAAAUUACAAGCGCGUUGCCGAGGUUUGGAUGGACGAGUACGCGGAGUACAUAUACCGCCGUAAGCCGCACCUGCGGUCCCUGGAUCCCGGGAAUUUGACCGAACAACGAGCUCUCAGAUCGAAACUCGGCUGCAAGUCGUUCAAGUGGUUCAUGGAGACGGUCGCGUUUGACCUCGCCGACGUCUAUCCGCCCAUCGAACCGGAUGAUUUUGCCUACGGCGAGAUAAGGAACAUCGGAGCCCCGGAAUUGUGCCUCGAUUCGAAAAAUAAGCACCGGGACGAGGAUAUUGCUGUUGAGUUUUGCAAAAAGGACAACGCGAAGUUGGCUGGUGAACAGGAGUUCCGAUUAACGUGGCACAAGGACAUACGCCCGAAGGGGAAAACGGACUGUCUGGACGUUUCACGGGGCGACGGAAAAGCCCCGGUGACCCUCUACCCUUGCCACGGGAAGCAAGGAAACCAAUUGUGGCGCUACGACGUGGGGAAACAGUGGCUCGUUCACGGGUACAACAACAGGUGCAUGGACCUGGAUCCUGCCAGAAAAAAGGUGUUCGUUACUGCGUGCGACGCCUCGGCAUCGACCCAGAAAUGGCGAAUUGAGACCGUCGAUAUGAAGGCUAUGAACAAUUGGGAAAAUUCGGGUCCUAAAGGAAGCAAUUGACGCUGAUUACGGUUAUUAAUUUUCCUGUUUGAUACGAAGUUGAGAACUGUAUAUUAUCUACCUUGGUGUCCACUGGUUUGUCGUUAAAAUUAUAAUUAUAGAAUGCGCAGCUGGCUAUGCAUGAAGCGCAAGCAUGUAUAAACAGGUGUAAUAUUUGUAUAUGUUUUCAACUACAUGACGAUAUAUGCAGGAGAUUAAAAUAACACUUUUCUUUAUCUGCAAAACAUUACUUCCUAUUUCUUGUACGAUAUUGUACUGGUUUACAAACCACUUCAUUUCCAAACAGUAUAACAAGUAAUGCGAUGAUAGAGUGCAUUUCAGCGUUGAAUCUUAUAUGUAAAGUGAUUUUAAAUUUUAAUAAUCAAUCACAAUUAUGUGUACAUACGUACAUGACACAUGCUCAAUCACCCGCAAUUUUACCAGAGGUGUGCAACUAUAUCGUUGAUUUUUCACCAAAUGUUUAUUGAUAGGAGUUUCGCGCGGGUCAAGGGUUUAUAUGGUUUAUAUGUAUACUAUAUCUAUUAAUCAGUGUACCCCGUAUUCUAAUUACGCAUUAGUUAAUAAAAUUUUCGCUGUAAGUCAACGUAUGCAUGACAUUUCAUCAAAUUUCUACACAUCUAUUACAUACAUAGGUAUGUAGGAAAUAUGCUGCGAUAAGGCGCAGAAAAAACAUAUCACCCUUCACAAUUAUCGUGAAAACGAUAUAUUGUUGAAGGCGUAGAUAUUUUUUGCAUAGUGCCUUGCUAUUUGAUUUACCUUCGAGAUUACGUAGCAACGUAGAAAGUUGUUUAAUUGAACCAAUUCAAGCUGCCAGUCUUGAUAAAACAA